CUAGUAGUACGUACCUAGUAGUUAGUAGUCCGAUCAUUUAAAAGAAUCGAUUAUCCCCCCUUCUUCUUUUUUCUUCUUCACUGCCAAGAUAAGGGCACACCGCAUCAGCUAGAUAUCCACGAUUCAGGUUUUUCUUACUUGCAACCAGCCACUUACGUUAUACUCUCUCACACCAGUUCACUUUAAUGACAACUAGCUCUUGGCUCAACUGGAUAACCUAACUAAUAGUUUCCAUGUACCUACCUGGCAGCCCUAGUAAGAGAUGCCCCUCAUCCCCACGCGUUAGCAAGCGACUAUCAAAGAAUAAUGAAAUCAUUGAAGUGGUGAAUAUCCUCUUUUUUCCUGUAUGAAAUCAGAUCACGAUGUCUUCAUCGACAAAGGUUCAUCUUUUCCCAAUUCACACAAUUAAAUACUGGCAACGGCCGCUAUAUUAGUUGGGGACUUUUUUGCCUGAUCACAUGAAUCGCGAUUCGCCCUCGCUCCGAUUGUCCCAUGGGGUCGGUACAGCAAACUUGUCUCGGAGAUUCGCUCCGACCCGGAGCCGCGCGCCAUGUGCUCAGGAACAUCACAUCCGGAUACUACUCACAGUAGCUGAUAAAUAUCCCGAGUCAUGCAACAUAGUUACAUUGCAGCCUCGCGAACACGCCAUCGUCUUGUCUUGUCCACGUUUCUCCAAGCGGACAGGUUGUGUUGAACUCAUUCACGAACUUAACUUCCGCGUUACGAAUAUGCAGCAAGAGCAUCAAUGCGAAUUUGGCCAUUAUGAUUUCGUGCGCAAAUCAAGAAGCCUUGAUUUUACAAAGGUGAUUCUUCUCUUCUUCCGCAUUCUCUGCUUGGUCUUAUAUUGCACGGCGUGCCAGUAUUGGCACAGAACAGCACGUGUGACGCAUAGAUUAUCAUCUGUCUAUCUAGGCAAUUGGUCUUUUUCAUUUUCUUGAAUCUACAGUCUUCACGUCGCGCAGAUGCACUUCAUUGGUAUGCAUUAAUCAACCCAUAAGCAUAGCACGCAUGAUCAGAAUCCUGGGAACUAGGUAGCUACCCAAGACAUAUUCUACGAAUUAAAUUCCAUGGCAUUACCAGCUCAGCCUCAUUUCAGCGUAAUUGUAAAAUCAUGCUAUCUAAAGGAGUUUUCAGCUCUUCUUAAUUUGAUAUCAAAAUGCUCC